AGGAGCUUUGGAUUAUAAUACACAUUUUUAUUCGAAUCCACUCGGUUUAACGGAUGAUAAAACAAAGAUGGAUAUAUCGAGGGCGCAUUGGAUUUUAAUUCCACAGGUUAUUUUGAAAUAAAUAUUUAAUGGCUUGGAAAUGGAGAUAGCUUUGGUGAGUUUUGACAAGAAAGGGGAUGGAGGCAGUGAUGGAGAAAACUACCAAAACCAAAAUUCACUGGAUUAUCCACGGUCCAUGGUCCAAACGGAACUCAACAACGACAUGUACGCGCGACAGAGCUUGUGGAAAAUUAACGACAUGAACAACACGACGGGGUCCAGUGAGAACACAGUGGAUUAUUAUAGCCCCCAUCUGUUUGACGAGGACCUCCUCAACGUGGACAUUGACCAUGAGAGCAACGAACGGGUUCUCAUCAACAUCGCCGGACUGAGGUUCGAGACCCAAUUGGGCACCCUCAACCAGUUUCCCGACACUUUACUCGGAGAUCCCGAGAAGAGAAUCAAGUAUUUCGACCCCCUCAGGAACGAGUAUUUCUUUGAUCGCAACCGACCCAGUUUUGACGGGAUACUUUAUUUCUAUCAGUCCGGAGGAAAGAUCCGUCGACCCGUUAACGUGUCGAUCGACGUGUUCGCGGACGAGAUCCGAUUUUAUCAGCUCGGAGAAGAAGCGAUGGAUCGUUUCCGCGAGGACGAGGGUUAUAUCAAAGAGGAGGACAAACCUUUGCCUCAAAACGAGUUCCAGAAACAAGUCUGGCUGAUUUUCGAGUACCCCGAAAGCUCGAGUCCCGCUCGGGGGAUCGCCAUCGUGUCCGUGAUCGUCAUCACCAUAUCCAUCAUCACCUUCUGUCUGGAAACUUUGCCGGAGUUUCGCGACGAGCGCGAGUUGGCGGUGUCGAGUCGGGCGAUCAAUGGCACGCAGGAGCGCCCGUCGCUCACUUUCAGCGACCCGUUUUUCAUCAUCGAGACCACCUGCGUGAUCUGGUUCACCUUUGAACUUUUCGUGCGGUUCUUCGCGUGCCCCAGCAAAUCCGAGUUUUCCAAGACCGUCAUGAACAUCAUCGACAUCAUGUCCAUCAUGCCAUACUUCAUCACGCUGGGCACGGAGCUGGUGGAGCAGCAGGGUCAAGAGCACAACAACGGGCAGCAAGCCAUGUCUUUGGCCAUCCUGAGGGUCAUUCGCUUGGUGCGGGUGUUCCGCAUCUUUAAGCUCUCCAGACACUCCAAGGGUCUCCAGAUCCUGGGUCAGACUCUGAAGGCUAGCAUGCGAGAGCUCGGUCUCUUGAUCUUCUUUCUCUUCAUCGGGGUCAUCUUGUUUUCGAGCGCCGUCUACUUCGCCGAGGCCGACGAACCCGAGUCUCACUUCUCCAGCAUCCCCGAUGCCUUCUGGUGGGCGGUGGUGACCAUGACGACCGUCGGCUACGGAGACAUGCGGCCGAUUACCGUGGGGGGCAAAAUCGUGGGCUCACUUUGCGCCAUCGCCGGGGUUUUGACCAUCGCGCUACCGGUGCCCGUUAUCGUUUCCAACUUUAACUAUUUCUAUCACAGGGAAACUGACCAGGAUCAGGCGUCUCUCAGGGACGAGCCUAGCGGCGCUCCCGCGGACAACGAACUUCAGACGCUGAGGAAAUCAUCUAUGACCUCAAAAGAUGGAGUACGCAACGAGGACGCAAACACGCCCAUGGAGAAGGCGAACAUUAAAGCCAACAGCAGAAUGGAUAUUAAACGCUCAAUUUACUCGUUUUGCUUGGAUACCAGAGAAACAGACCUGUAGUUCACUGUCAGUGAAGUUCAAAGACUUUAAUAUGCAUGCGCAACCAGAAGAUCAUCGCGCCGCGACAAUCCUAGAAA